CUUGGAGACUGUGCGCUUCUCUGCUCAUAAAGUUGCAAAGUGGAAAGACCGUUUGUUUGGGAAAGGCCCAAAAGAGAAAUUGAAAACAGAAAUUUUCAGUGUGUGGUGCUAACCAAUUUCAGUAUUAUCACGUGUAAAAUCACAUGAUUUGAUUAGGUAAUAAUAGUGCUUUCGCGAAUUUUAAAUUUUUGAGAACUCAUCAGGUACAAUUUUUUUGAACCACAAUGAUCUUUCUUUUUAAUGUAUGAAGGAUUAGUUCGCUAUACUCCACCAAACUCAUAAUGGACAAUAUAUCAAACCUUUCUUCAAACUUGCCUCCUACAAAACCAAUAUCGGAAGAAUCUAUUAAAGAAAUCAACCAGGAUUUGGUCUUGGAGUUCAAAAAUGCUGCAAAAUCAGUUGCUAGUUUAUACAAAUUAUCCCUACAGAAAAAUUCAAUGCUACGGUAUAAAGGUUAUUUAGAUUGUAUUGAUGAUUUAUUAAAUUUGAUUAAAAAUGAUGGUGAUGUGGAAAAUUGGGCUUUAAUGAAAAAACUAGAACUAGAAGGGAAAUUAACAGGAUCUGAAUUAAAGAAAGAAUCUGAUAAAGCUAAUAUGUCAUCAUCGCCUUCAAAACAAGAUUUAUUAGAUCCACAAAUUCCUAUGGAUUAUGAUUUUACAAUGUCUCAUCCAAAUCAACAUAAGUUCCCACCAACAAUGCCAAUGCUAUCUGUGGAUCAUUCAAAUCAUAGAGUUCCAAAAGAUAAAAGAUUAAUUAAAACUCCAGGGACCAAUAAUAAUAAGGAAAGUCCAAAUACCGAUGUCAGUGAUGAGAAUAAUUCAAGUGAAGAUGAAGCUAAUAUUGAUGAUUCUGCUGCAAAGAGAAAGUUACAAUCUAUGAGAACUGAUAAAAGAGUAAAGUAUUAAAGUCCUCGUUGAGUUUUUGUUUUUGGGUUUUUCCUUGUUUAGGUUUGCAUCAAUCAGGCGUUUUCUUUUACAUCAUUAUCACAAUCAUUAUCAAGAACCACUAAUACAUUGGAGGGGUUUUACACUGCAUUCUUUUUAAUCAAUUUUUUUGAGUUAUAACAUGAACAUUUGCUACAUCAUUUUUACUUUUUGCUGCUUUUAAUUGACUUUUUUGUAAUCUCAUGGGAUGAGAUUUUCUUAUUUAUUAGGCUUUGGUGAAGGCAUUAUAAGUCAACGCAUAUAUAGUUUUAUUGAAAUAUACCUUCGUUAAAUAAGUACUAGAAAGCGUAGCUUUUUUCGUAUGCCAUUCUUGGUUUAAUCGUUGAUACAACUCGGUCCAUAAGAAUCACAACAAAUCAAAAUCCGUAAGUCCCAUAUACAAAAUCUCAUGAUUUGGAUAUUAUAUAUAUGCUCUAGUAUGAACUUCUAAUUACUACCU